GGUCAAGAAAACUUCAGGAAUUGAGGCUCCAAUGGUGCCAUAUCGUAACUGGGAAAGGCGAUGAAGGGGAAAGCUGGGGUUGGGGUUGGGAUGUGAGGAGAACUCCCAUUCCCUGGUCAGGGGGCCAGCUCAGCCCAAGUACUGGGCAGCCUAGUGCUUUUCUAUGCCUUGUUUUUCUAUCCAUUCUUGUAAGAUCUAUGGGACUGAGAGCAAGGAAAGGGAGGUGGGAUGGCCUCCGAGGCAGAAGAGUCCUGGCCACCCUCUAUACACCUCCUGGUCUCCAGCCUCCUUGACCAGGGAGGGGCCCCCUGGGAGGGGAAUAUGUGCCUUAGUUUUCACAACGAGUAGUUCGGGGUCUAAUUUUACAGCAAAUGGGACACAGGAUGGGCGGGCAGGUGCCGUGAGGCAUGGGCAGGUAUAGACAGGCCCUGCUAUGCUGUUCUUCCAAAGAGCACUGUCCCCACUUCACCACAGGUGCCCUCUGAUACACGACUUUAGAGAUCAUGCGUGGUCUCCCAGAUGGGUGACAUGCUAAGAACUGCAGGAUUAAUGAGGAAUUCCUUGUCCCCGUUGAACAAUUUCCCCGUUGAACUGGCGAUCUCCAGUGUACUAGCCUGAGCAGGUUCAGAGCUCAACAGUGGUGGGUUUAGGAGAUGACUAUUUGCCCCCUAAAUGUGGGCAAGGGGACAAUGGGAAGCCAGGUGUGGACCCUCAGCCCCAAAUAUAAUUCCUGUGUUUUGACUCACAGGUGUUUGUCAGAACAGACACUAUGGAUUACUAUGACUACAAUGAAUACAACGAGCUCAACAUUUCCAAUGCCAGCAGCCAAGGGCACAGUAACUUCCUGCAGUUCAAGCAGCUCUUUCUGCCUUGCAUGUACUUGGCCGUGUUCAUCUGUGGCCUGCUGGGCAAUGCUCUGGUGCUGGUCAUAUACAUCUUCUACCAGAAGCUGAAGAGCCUGACAGACGUGUUCCUGAUGAACUUGCCCCUGGCCGACCUGGUGUUCGUCUGCACUUUGCCCUUCUGGGCCUAUGCAGGUAUCCACGAAUGGGUCUUCGGCAAGCUGAUGUGCCAGAUCCUGCUGGGCAUCUAUACCUUCAACUUCUACACGUCCAUGCUGAUCCUCGUGUGCAUCACCGUGGACCGCUUCAUCGCAGUGGUUCGGGCCACAAAGGCCUAUAAUCAGAAGGGGAAGAGGAUGACCUGGGGGAAGGCCAUCUGCCGGUGCAUCUGGGUGGUCUCCCUGCUGCUUUCCUUGCCACAGAUCAUCUAUGGCAACAUCCACCAUUUUGACAAGUGGGUCUGUGGCUACCACGAUGAGGAGAUUUCCACUGUGGUUCUUGCUACCCAGAUGACUCUGGGGUUCUUCCUGCCACUGCUCACCAUGAUUGUCUGCUACUCAGUCAUAAUCAAGACCCUGCUUCAUGCCCGAGGCUUCCAGAACCACAAGUCUCUCAAGAUCAUUUUCCUGGUGGUGGCCGUGUUCCUGCUGACCCAGACGCCCUUCACCCUCGUGAAGCUCAUAGGCAGCACAAGCUGGGAGUACCACGUCAUGACCAGCUACCACUAUGCCAUCCUAGUGACGGAGGCUAUUGCUUACCUGCGGGCCUGCCUUAACCCUGUGCUCUAUGCCUUUGUUGGCCUGAAGUUUCGGAAGAACUUCUGGCAACUUGUGAAAGACAUUGGCUGCCUCCCUUACCUGGGGGCCUCAAGCCAGCAGAAGUCUUCAGAGGGCACUUCCAAGAUGUUUUCUACCUCCCAGCACGCGGAGGCCACCAGCAUGUCCCAGCUGUAGGUCUUGCGGGGCUUGGAGACGCUGCUCGGAAACUUGCGGGAGCACAGGUGGCUGUGUCCUCUGGCUGCAAUGAGGAAGGCUUUGUUUAUAGCUUUGUGCAUUUUCAUGGAGAAGUAAGUAACCAAAUGCUGCAGCUGGUGUGCAAUGCUUCUUCUCGGGCAUGAACACAUCUGCUCUCUCCGUGAACACCCAGGCCUAAAGCUCAAAGGGGAGUCUAAACACAGUAAGGGGAUUCCUUCCUCCAUCCCCAAGAAUCCUGACACCAAGGGGAAUGACGUGUGGCUCUAAAAACCUCAGGUCCUCCUUCACUGAGACAGACUGAAGGUUGAAGAGGGGAGCAUGACAAACAAAGCUGCUGAGAGCAGGAGACACUGAGUUCAGAAUCUCCUGAGUUCAGAAGAUUGUUCUGGCUACUGGGAGGCAGGGAUGAGAGCGGCGAUGAAACUGCUGGCCCAUGUGGCUCUGACCUCAAUAGGCAGGCACUGCACAGAUGAGGCCUCCCCUUUCGUUUGACUUUUACACAGGUAGAUGCUUUUAUUCUGAGAUUAAUUCUGGAAGGACUAGCAUCAGGGACUAUGAACAGACCAUAACAAAUUAGUUGGCCACGAGUUCCAGUGGUCCACAGAAUGCUGGAAAACUGUGCACAGCUGAGUUUAAGACUAUCAUGCAUCUAAGAAUUGUUUCUGAGAUGGAGUCUUUGGUGGGUCUGCUCAUUUUAAAACUGAAUUAUCAUACACCUCUCACACACAUACACAUACAAAUUCUUUAUGCACAUAU